AUGCCUGACGAGCAACUUGCGCUCAUCAUUCCAACCAAGCAAACGACAUUUGCUGUCGCUAGCCGUAAAAUACCUACGCCAGGUCCUGGCGAAGUUCUCGUCAAACUUCAGGCUACUGCGCUCAACCCUCUCGAUGCGAAGGUCCACAGAGAUGGAACAUUCGUCGACAGCUAUCCCGCAGUGCUGGGCACCGAUGGUGCCGGUAUCGUUGAAGAGAUCGGAGAAGGCGUUACAAAAUUCGAUCUAGGGGAAAGAAUAUUCUUCCAUGGUGCCUUCGACGAUAACGAUCUGGCAACCUUCCAGCAGUAUUGCGUAGUCACGACUGACUUCGCAGCUAAGGUCCCGAGAAGCUUAUCGCUUGACCAAGCGAGUACUAUUGCAUGCGGAAUGGGCACAGCCGCGAUCGGGAUGUACGGUACCACCAAUGGUAUCGGACUUAUUCCUCCUUGGGACCGCGGUGGGUGGUCCAAGUACAAAGGUUGGCCCAUCUUGAUCUUAGGCGGUGCUGGCUCUGUGGGCAACUAUGUUAUCCAACUUGCGAAGCUGUCGGGCUUCUCACCUAUCAUUACCACCGCCUCGCUAAAGCACACGGAACAUUUGAAGAGUCUCGGAGCAAACCACGUCAUAGACAGAUAUCUUCCAGUGCAAGCACUAAAUAAGGCCGUGAUGAGAAUCACGGGCUCUCGCAUACAUAUCAUGUACGACUCCAUAUCCACGGCAGAGACGCAGGAGGCUGCUUGGUCGUUGCUUGCGCCCGGGGGGAAGCUUGUUGUCACACAGCCAUCCUUGAUCAGCAAGGACAGCUAUGACAGCAGGCAAGUGAUUCCUGUAGACGGGAGUCCGCAAUCAGAUGAGAACUGGGAAACGGGGAAGAGGCUGUGGGCUCAUCUUGAGAGAUGGGUCGAAGACGGUCACAUACAACCAAACCACGUCGAUCUAUUACCUGGCGGGCUGCGUGCAAUACCAGAAGGGCUUGAGAGAUUCAACGCCGGGAAGGUAGAUGGGGUGAAAAUGGUAGUACGGCCGCAAGAAACUUGA